AUGCGAGGAACUGAGUUCUCAUUGGUAUAUAUAAAAACCAACAAUCUAUCAACAAAUUUGGGCGAGUCCAGUAUUGAGAACAAUUUGGGCGAGUUCAGUAUUGAGAACAAUUUGGGCGAGUUCAGUAUUGAGAACAAUUGGGGCGAGUUCAGUAUUGAGAACAAUUUGGGCGAGUUCAGUAUUGAGAACAGUUUGGGCGAGUUCAGUAUUGAGAACAAUUGGGGCGAGUUCAGUAUUGAGGGCAACAAUUUGGGCGAGUUCAGUAUUGAGAACAAUUUGGGCGAGUUCAGUAUUGAGAACAAUUUGGGCGAGUUCAGUAUUGAGAACAAUUUGGGCGAGUUCAGUAUUGAGAACAAUUGGGGCGAGUUCAGUAUUGAGAACAAUUAUUGGGGCGAGUUCAGUAUUGAGGGCAACAAUUUGGGCGAGUUCAGUAUUGAGAACAAUUUGGGCGAGUUCAGUAUUGAGAACAAUUUGGGCGAGUUCAGUAUUGAGAACAAUUUGGGCGAGUUCAGUAUUGAGAACAAUUGGGGCGAUAUUGAGAACAAUUUGGGCGAGUUCAGUAUUGAGAACAUUAUGGGUGAGUUCAAUAUUGAGAACAAUUUGGGCGAGUUCAGUAUUGAGAACAAUUUGGGCGAGUUCAGUAUUGAGAACAAUAUGGGCGAGUUCAAUAUUGAGAACAAUUUGGGCGAUUUCAGUAUUGAGAACAAUUUGGGCGAGUUCAGUUAA